AAGGUAAUAAGGAAGCUUUUCUUGACAAAUGAACUUAACAUCCUAGCUUGGCUUAACAACCAAUCAUCAGUGAAAAGAUCAAUCUUGAGGAGGGUGGGACCCUGCCUUAUGCAUGUGUGUAUAUAUAUGUGUGUAUGUGUGCCUCAGAGAAGUCACCCUCACUCCUCAUCACUAUGGCGAGUAUCACUGCUUUUGCCAUCUUUGCUCUUGUAGCCACCGCAUGGGCUACCCCUCCACCUGUAGUGGGAAGAAAGGUGGACUGCUCCAAAUACAACACAAAAGACUCUGAGAUUGCAUGCCCAAGGCACCUGGAUCCAAUAUGUGGCACAGAUCAUAAAACUUACAGUAAUGAAUGCAUGUUUUGCAUGCUAACUCAAAACAAAGGAUUUCAAGUCAGAAAACUUCAUGAUAAUAAAUGUGAUAUUGAGUGUACCCAAUAUUCUGAAAUAUGUACCAUGGAAAACUUACCUCUCUGCGGAUCUGAUGGGCAGAACUAUGCAAACAAAUGUUUAUUUUGCAAUGCUGUUGUGAAUAGUCGUGGUGAACUUUUUUUGGCAAAGCGCGGACAGUGCUGAGUCUCCCUGAUGCUCAAGGGCACCGAGUUCCCUUUGGCAGAUUCCACGUAGAGAACCAAUCCCUCUUGGAUGGCUAUGGGAGCAAAUAUAUGGAUUUCAUUCUUCAAUAAAAAAUUCUCAGCAGAAA